UGUUUUCCACCCGCAAGCAAGCGGUAAACCAACAACCCUAGGACCGAAAAAGGAGACUCCAACCACACGGCUUGAGCGCAAGAGCUGAAAGCUGAUAAUAAUAAGCUGGGAAAACCCUAUUCUUGUUAAGGGGAUCCAUGGGGAAGAAGAAGAAGAGACCCUCGAAGGUUUGGUGCUACUACUGUGACCGCGAGUUCGAUGACGAGAAGAUACUUGUCCAGCACCAAAAGGCCAAACACUUCAAAUGCCAUGUCUGCCACAAGAAGCUCUCAACCGCCGGCGGCAUGGCCAUACAUGUCCUACAGGUUCACAAAGAAAGCGUCACCAAAGUUCCUAAUGCUAAGGUUGGCAGAGAAUCAACGGAAAUUGAGAUAUUUGGCAUGCAAGGAAUACCUUCGGACAUUUUAGCUGCGCACUAUGGAGAAGAGGAAGAUCCCUCAUUGAAGGUGCCAAAAAUUGAAGUUUCCUCUACAGGGCUCUUGACUGGUGUCGUGCCAAGAGCUGUAGGUGUUGGAUUCCCUCCAACUUAUGGUGUUGUACCACCAGUCAGUUAUAAUGCGGCAGCACUGCCGUUGCAGCCUCCAAGUUGGCCUGUGCAACCUCUGCUGCAAGCUUGGUUUCCACCAAACCCAGUGGCAUUGGUAACCCCUCCGCCUUCAGGUCUGGCACAGCAGCCUCUGUUUCCCGUCCAGAAUGUGUCGGCUCCUUUGACGACUCCUGCAACUGUGCUUCAACAAUCCUUUCAAGUUGCGCCGCCUGGCCUUCCUUCACCAACACCAACACCAACACCAUUACCCCAACCACUCUUCCCAAUCAAUAACAUAAGUGCGACUGAUGUCAAUUCCAGUUCUAGUAUUGUUACAACAACUGGCUAUAGUACAUCAAGCAACCAAGGCGGUGGGGCUUCUUAUGUCAGCUCUCAUAUGUAUGCAUCUGGUCCAAAUACAAGCAGUCCCGCCAUUGGUCCUCCACCCGUGAUUUCCAACGAAGCUCCUGGCCCUCAGCCAGCUAUCAAUGAGGUCUACUUGGUUUGGGAUGAUGAGGCUAUGUCCAUGGAGGAAAGAAGAAUGUCAGUGGGGAAGUAUCAGGUUCACGAUGAAACUAGCCAGAUGAACUCAGUUAAUGCAGCCAUAGAUAGGAGGAUUUCUGAAAGCAGGCUUGCAGGCCGAAUGCCAUUCUAGUUUUUCUUCAGAGUUAAAUCUUCUUCAAAGUUUACGUUUCUGAUGGUUCAAUUCAAUUCUCUUUUUUGGCCGAGGAAUUUGGUGACUGAGAAAUCAGGUGCUACUUUUUUUUUUCCCCUUAAGAGGCUCAUUUAAUUUCUAAUGAUAUUCAUGCUGAUGAAUUGUGUGAAUGAAAAUCUUUUGUUUAGCUUCAAUAGCACUUUGCCUGAAUUGAGGAGUUAUUUGAGAUGUGGAUAGUUUUGUGUUAAUAGAUUUUGUUAAAUUUGAAUCAGGCGGUGAAUGGCUUGAUUGAUGGUUUAGGAUUGUAAUAUUCUUCAUUGUAAAGCACCAAUUGUUAUUUUCAUGGGAUCAAAUUAAUGAAUUAUUAGUUUUUUAUAAAAUUGAAAUUGUUUUCUUGGUUCUUAUUUCUGUUCAGAUUUUGGGUGUAUUUGUGAGGGGGAGGGCCUUUUAGCUGCUUUCUGUUUUGAAAAGCAGUUUUGGGUGCUUUUUGUGAAAUCCCGUUACCAAAACGGUGAAGCUGUGAACGGCGGUGCCGGGAUCGGUUACGGAACACAUCGUGGCCUGGAUGCAUCCAAGAUUAGGGCAUGGCUCUUGGUGGUGUUAGCUCCCCCCCUUGUCUUCAAUGUGGCCUCUCUGUAUAUAUCUUGAAUGAUACUCUUUGAUUUAGGGUUACAAAGGUUUUUUAUGUGGUUGUAGUUUUGGCUCCUCAUUUUUCUUCCCUCUUGUCGGAUUUCUACUUUCCGAUCUGCUCGUAUAUUCUUUAAUCCUUAAGUUUGAUUGUUGGUUUUUUGGCUUCU